CCCGGAGCCAGUGGCCCAGUGCACCACCACCACCGGCCGGGACUGGACCACCCACCCACCCCGCCCAUCUUUUUUCCCAUCACCACUUUAUCAGUCAACAAUCAAUUAGGCGGGUAACCUCUCGCGCGUCUGUCUUUCAGUCGCUAUGUGCAGCAAUUGACUCCCUUGGCCGCGCGCUAUCCUCGAUCUUCAAACCUCACGGUUUUCUGGACACACACCAAACCAAUUCGAUACCCGCCAGAACAAAGUCGCAUCGCUUGAGGCUCAUCAUAACCCUACCAUACAUAGUCUUUGUUUAUCGUCGGCAGCCUUGUGUGGGCCAUGCUCACCAAAACAUCGACGCCUCCCCUUCUCUGUAGUUGAUUCCCGGUAGUCGCCGACUAUUCUCCAGAUGCUCAAGAAACCGGGCUUCGGCCCCAAGGUCAAACCCAAGGUGGUUGCUCGUCGCAACGCGCCUCCUUCAGCAAAAUCCACCGAUUCAACUCCCGCCCCGACCGAGUCGACAACCUCACAACCUACCACAGCUGCCGCCACUCCCACAGCCGAGUCCGGUCCCUCGACCCGUCAGGUGUCGCCGGCUUCAGCUUCAGCUCAGCCUACACCCCCUGCAACUCUCGCAAGCGAUACGGUCCCCGAGAAGGAGUCUUCGAGUGUUGCCAAACCGGUUUCCAGAGAUGCCGCUCCAACGGACAAGCAAGCACAACCUGCCACGAUCUCAGCUACAGCUUCUGUUCUAGCUCCGGCGCCAACUCCAGCCCCUACCGCAACGGCGAGUACCCCCGUGGAAAAGCCAGUAGAGAAACCAGUUGAGAAGCCAGCCGAGAAACCGACAAGCGAAAAGAGUUCGAAUGCGACGACCGCGACCGAGAAUCCGAAAGCAGCGGCACCAAGACAGACACCUUCCAAAGCCAGGGGUACACCGGCGGCGGUCAUUACUCCGACCAUCAUCGAAAUCACAAGGCCCAGAGGCAGAAGCUCCGUGGCGACAUCAGAAAUCAUAGCACAAUCUCCAUCCAGAGCUACACGCCCGACACCUACUGCCGAUCCUUCAAGUACCACGUCCUCGGCCACCCCCAGUGGAACCUCGUCUACAGAGGCAGCUUCAACGCGUUCCAGCACAGAUACUACACAGCCGGUUACCCAGUCCGAGAGCUCUGCUGAGAGUCGAGCAGAGUCAAGUGCCGAGGCAACGGCUGCACCAACCACCAAAACUACCAAGAAGGCGCCCGUACCAAGGGCACCACGGGCUCCUCGAAAGCGCAAGGCGGACGCAACAGUCGAUGAAGAGGGCAACGAUGAAGCCGUAGCCGAAGCCGAAGCGGCAGCACCACCUCCCAAGAAGCGAACGCGGACAACAAAGAAAACAGCGGCUGAGCCGAGUGCCGAUGGAGAGGAAGCGGCUGAAGCUGAAGGUGAAGCCGCAGUACCAGCUCCCAGGAAGCGAGCUCCUCGAAAACGUAAGACGGAUGCAGCAACCGGCGAAGGCGAAGCGGAUAACGGUGAAGCCGAAGGUGUAGCAGCAGCAGCGGCUCCCAAGAAGCGCGCACGGACAAGGAAAUCGGCAGCCGAGCCGAGCGUUGAGGGAGAAGACAGCCAGGAAGCAGCACCCAAGCCGAAGCGGGUGCGGAAGCCAAGAAAGCCCAGGACAGAGUCAAACAACAUCGAUCCAGCUCUGUUGGGCGACGAGGAGCAAAAUGAAGAAGCUCAAGCCAACACCAAGAAGGGCAGGCAACAGCGCGAAGCUACCCCCGAAAAUGCCGAGCAAGUGCAGAUCGACCGCACCCAGCUAACCAUGGCCGAGCUGGCCAAGGACCUGCACAUCGGCAAGAAAUUCAGUCUACACGAUGAGCUCGCCGAGCGCGAGCGCGCCAAACGACAGAAAUACUACGAAAAGCGCAAGAAGCAAAAGCGCGGCGAGACCGCUGACGGUGACGGCGACAAUGCCGACGGCGGCGCCAGCGGCGAACAAUCCGCCUCCGGCACCCCCGCUCCCGGCGGAACCUCUGCUACCAACCCCGCUGCGUCCUCCCGGCCCGCCGCCGCCAUCGACGAGCCCCCCCUAGUCGACUCGUCCGUCGGCGCCGUCGGCGAGCAGUAUAUCAUGAUCGACGGCGAAAUCCGCCUCAACGAGCGCUCGCUCCAAGUCGACCGCCACGCAGCCGUCGACCAAGCCAACUACGAAGUGCAAGAAGAAAACGACUUUACGCACUUAACCACAUCAGCCACCUACCUCCGCCGCAACAUGAAACCAGGCCAAUGGUCCGACGAAGAAACCGACAAGUUUUACUCGGCUUUGACCAUGUUCGGCACCGAUUUCGAAACCAUUGCUCGCCUAUUUAAGGACAAGACGCGCAAGCACAUCAAGCUGAAAUUCAACCGCGAGGAGCGCGCCGAUCCGGAUCGCAUCCAAAAGGCGCUGGUGGGCGAGAGAACGGUCAUGAUUGACAUUGAGCAGUACCAGCGCGACACAGGGCAAGAGUUUGAGACGGCCGAGAAGAUUUAUGAGGAGCAAAGAAAGGCCGAGGAGGAGUUUGAGGCGCGGCAAAAGGCGAUUGAGGAUGCCAAAGCCGAAGAGGAGCGGAAGAAGGCCGAGUUGCUGUUUGGGAAGGAUGGACAGGGUGGGGUGGCGGGGGGCAAGAAGAGGAGGGGGAAGAAGGCGAGGCCGGAACCGACUUGGUAGACGGAUGGAUUGAGUUGAUGAGGUGAGGUGUUGUGAAAGAUUAGAGAUGAGUUCGUGCAAGUCUGGUGUUACAAGGGAAUAAGGGGGAGGAUAUAGGUGUCUAUCGAAGGAAGAGACUUGAUUGCUGUUUCACACUGGCAUCGAUAGUUACUGAUUUCAUAUGGUUGCGGACUAGGAGAGAGAGACGGACAGGAACAAAUGACAAAGUCACGGGAUAGGUGUGGCACGGAAACAGAUAAAGGCUUUUACCAUCAGGGAUCAAAUAGGUUUUAUAUACCCAUCAACCGGAGGGGCACUUAGUUAGGUAUGGAAAUAGGGAAGGGAAAAACAAAUGGAGACACACAAAAAAAAAGGGUUCUUGAUCAUACUACUUGUAUGCGG